AAGUGUUUUCUCGCUCCGAAACUCGGAAUAUUCGAAAACUGAAGACCCUUCUUCUUCAUCUUCAUUCUUCCUCUGCUCCCAACGUUCUCUGAAUCGAUGUUUUUUUGCCGUGUUCAUUCAUUCUCACCGUUUUUUUUUCCCACUCUUUUCCGUUAACGGGGUUCUCUAAUUGAUACCAAUGCCGCUUCUGAGGAGAAAGCCUUUUUCCGUAGCUGAGCCACCUGAUGAUUUGGAGCCACAUGAGUCUGUUUAUCAAAUUCGAUUUACAAAGGAAAUAUUUCGAGAUUAUAAUGAUUAUUUGAACUGUUUGAAUCAAUACCGUAAGAGGGUUUGGAUGUGCAAAGUAACUGGAAAAACAUGCUUGACUUAUGAAGAGGCUCUGGUGUCAGAGAAAUGUGCUACUGAGAAAGUUCAACAGAUUCCACAAGAAUUAAUGGCACCUGCUCUAAGGAUUAUUCAGUACAGCAUGCUCCCUUUGAAGGAUCUGGCUGAUUCUAUUGCUGAAAAGUUGCAGGAGCAGUUGUUUGUGGGUGCUCAAUUGUAUGGAAAAAAGAAUGACAACGUAUGUCCAUGCAAAAUAUUGAAAGUGAUGCAGGAAGAUGUUGAGAAUGUCCACUAUGUGGUAGAUUGGCUUGAUAAAAACAAUAAUAUUAUUGAAAGAGCAGAAGUCAGCUCUCGAGAUUUGAUACAAAAGAAGCCACCUUUUAGCAGAAAUAUUUUGAAGUCUUUUAUUCGCGAAUCUACCUAUCGAAAUGCUCCUUGGGUUUUAUGUGAUAAGCUGGCAAAGAAACAUGGAAUCUCAACUGACAUUCCAGAGGAGUUAAGAGGAAAGGUUUUCUUCAAUAAUGAGCUUGUGGUCUGCACCAAAAAAAGAAAAGCUGAGAGCUAUUAUGUUCAGGAAGAGUCAAUCAAAUAUCCAAUUGAUGAUCUAUUAGUGAGGCCUAGUCCAGAUGAUCCUGUUUUCAGUAGUCGUCCUUCUCCAUCAAGAGACUUCAAUGUUCCAACUUAUUGUGUAGGGGAUCUCUUAAUGGUUUGGGACUUUUUUAUGUCUUUUGGUAAAUUGUUACGUUUGUGGCCAUACACUCUAAAAGAUUUUGAAAAUGCAAUCAGCCACAAGGAUAGCAAUGUAGUUCUCCUAGUGGAAUCUCAUGCAGUACUCUUUCGUGUUCUCAUCAAAGGUGAUGAUGAAUACUCUGCAGCUGUACAGGAAAAAGUACAGAAGAAGAUUACAAUGAUUAAUUGGAAAGACUACUUAUGCGAUUUUCUAGAAAUGAUCAAUAUUCCCAAGCUGCGGCAGUAUGAAGCAACCAUUAAACGAGGACAUUAUGGUUAUGUUGAUGUCAAUGGUAAACUAGAAAUCUUUCGUGAAUUAGUCAAUCGAGCCCUUGAAACUGCUAUUGUAAGGGAAAAACUCGAUGAGUUUAUUGAACAAAGGCAGGUACUGGGGGCUAAUAAAAGGGAAGAAGCAAUUAAAGUUGCAGGGAAGAGAAGAAAAGAAAUGGAGCGGUUGAAAGUUGAUUCUCAAAGCAACUGCGGUGAGAAUGGGCGUCAUGUUGACCAUGAUGCAAGUGUGUCACCAAAUAAUAAUCACAAAAUACAGAAUGGUGACAUUGGAAAUAAUAGAAAUGGAGAGAUAAAAUCAUCUAUGCAAAAAGAUGCAUUGGAAAGUGGGAUCAAGAAUUCCAACCUUGCUUCAAAAAGAACAGCUAAAAUGUUUGAUUCAGAGCUGAAUGGAUCCACAGAAAUUGGAAAAAUAACCAGAAAGGAAUCAAAGAAACAACCAAAGGGUGAUAAGGAUCAAUCAGACAAAAGUAAAGAACAUAGGAGAGAAUAUUUUGAUCGGGAGAUGGAGAAAUGGUGUAUUCGUGCAAGUCCCUUAGGCAAGGACAGACAUUAUAAUAGGUAUUGGUGGUUUCACCUUGAUGGGAGGAUAUUUGUUGAAAGUCUUGACUCCAAGGAGUGGGGAUACUACAGUAGCAAGGAAGAGCUUGAUGCAUUGAUGAGUUCACUAAAUUGCAAAGGCGAGAGGGAAAGGGCAUUGCAAAACCAACUGGAAAAAUAUUAUAGUAGAAUAUGCUCAGGACUGCAGAAAAGUUCAAAAGUUUUGAUGCAUAGGAUUACCUUAGAUGACUCUGUGGCCCGAAGGUCUAGUCGUGUUCGGGCUCCACCUAGGGAACAUCCUGCCAAAGCUUUCCUCAGAUAUGUCAAUAAGUGGAAAGAAGGAGUAAGUGAUUUAAGGUGGUCUGACUUUUAGUAAAAUUCUUCAAACUGAUGAAACUUGUAGGUUUUGAGGGACUUGGUUCUUUUUUAUUCAUUUUGUGGAUGCAUUGGGGGCAGGGGAUGCGUUUAAGGGACUUGGAGAGAAUAGAGAUUGUUUUUCAAUCCAUUUUGGAAGACGGACAAGCAUUUGCAUAUGCUUGCUUUUGAAAUUUUAUACACAACAUUUUGUAGGUGAAUUAUAAGGUGAGGGACAAAAAGUCGCUCGCCCAUGUAGUGUUGUUUUAACUGUUACAUAUAUUAUUAAAAUAAAUAGAUGACUAAGAUUGAAUUAUACUUCUGUAUUUCAUGACUGUCUAUUUAUUUUUAAUAAUAUAUUUAAAUAUUAACAGCUGAAGGGCUUUUUAAACCUUCACCUUAUAAUUCACCUACUGUAUGAUAGUAGAAACUAGUAUUAUAUGUUGCUCGAUCUAGUCAUUUUUCAUUCGUAUGUUAAGUAGACGGGCAGGCUCAUGCCAUUUUGUGAUUAUUUGAAUGAAGUUGAUUGACUUUAGAAUU